UCGUAGGAUACGCACGGCUCAGUCGGUUCAGAGAAAUGCGGCAACCGAGUAGUGAACAGUGAGGUACUCAGUGUACUAUCAAUGUGAGAGUGCUGUGAGUUGAGUUUCAGAGUGUCGAGCUGUGGUGAAUAGGCGCCGGCUUAAGAGAGAGAGAGAGUGCACGCUAUCCAAAAAGAAGAGAGCGAGUACAGAGUGCAAAGAGCUUGACAGCAUCACAGAAACAACGAGCAUCGCAGUCAAGUUGAAUCCUUGCAAGCGUGCAGUUGCCUCGAACGGAACGGAAGUGUUGCGUGCCGUGCGGGAGUGUUUGCCGUGUGCGCGUGUGUGUGUGCGUGAGUGUGUGUGCUCGGAGUGUGCCGGCUUCAAAAGUCUCAACAAAACAUGCUAAAACACAACAAAGUUCGCUUCGUUCGCAAUUAGUCAACACAACAAAUCGCAAAAUUUAUUUUCAUCAGAAAUUGUGCCAAAUCAAAAGAGAAAAGAGAAGAAAAGAAAUUCGAAUUGAAAUCGAAAUCGAAAUUGAGAUGUAAAGCCGCCUUUGAAAUUGAAUCAAAAUUGCUCAAUAAAUCAUUGCAUAAACCGAUAGGCAAACAAAACAAAUAAAACGAGUCGGAACGGAGAGCAAACAAGCCAACGAACGACGUAAAGUAAAUCAAAAUCAAAACAGAAAACCGGAAAGCAUGUGGAUUAGUAGCCGCCUUUUUGUGAUUUGUUUGCUGCUCAGGUUUGAUGCAACGAUUAGCGAACCCUUCGAAACACAUUUGCGCGGCCCCGGCUUCGUCAUGGAGCCGCCGGGCCGCGUGGAGUUCUCGAACUCAUCGGGAGGCUGGCUGGACUGCUCCGCCUCGGGGAGUCCACAGCCAACGAUCGAUUGGGUGCAUGCGGAUGGCACGGCGGUCACAGAGAUACACGGCGUGAGGCGGGUGCUGCGGAACGGGACGUUGGUGUUGAUGCCAUUCGCGGCGGCUGCCUAUCAUCAGGAUAUACACAAUACGAUCUAUCGUUGCAUUGCCAGCAACUCGGUGGGUCGCAUUGUGUCGCGGGAUGUGCAAGUGCGAGCGGUUGUGGCGCAGGCCUACAAAGUGGAUGUGGAGGUAUUAUCAGCGUCGCGCGGCUGCACCGCCAUUUUGCGUUGUGUGGUGCCCACGUUUGUCAAGGAAUUGGUACGAGUGGUCUCGUGGGUUCAUGAACCCGCUAUCUACAUCUAUCCCUCGCUGCAAGGCGAUGGCAAAUUCCAUUUGCUGCCAACCGGAGAGCUGCUAAUCCAUAAUCUGCAGGAAAGCGACGAAUCGCAAUCCUUUCGCUGUCGCAGCAUGCAUCGUUUGACCCGUCAGGUUGUUGUCAGCUCGCCCACACGAUUGCGUAUUAAUUCGCAUCGCGGCAUCAUUUCGCCAAGCGUUGUGGAGCACACGUCUCAUGUGCAGGUGUCGCAGGACGAGGGCGCGGUGCUUCUGUGCGUGGCACAGGGUUGUCCUUCGCCCGAAUACAGCUGGUACACUCAGAAUGGCGCUGGGCCAUUGCCCGUUUUAAGUGGACCACGUGUGCGUCUGCUCGGACCCAUAUUGGCCAUCGAGGCCGUGACCGGCGAGGAUUCGGGUGUCUACAAGUGCACGGCAAGCAAUGUGGGUGGCGAGGCGAGCGCCGAGUUGCGCCUAACGGUGGCCACGCCCAUCCAAGUGGAAAUCUCACCGAAUGUGCUGAGCGUGCACAUGGGGGGCACGGCCGAGUUCCGAUGUGUGGUGACCAGCAAUGGGAGCCCGGUGGGCAUGCAGAAUAUCCUGUGGUACAAGGACGGCAGGCAGUUGCCCUCAUCCGGUCGCAUCGAGGAUACGCUGGUGGUGCCGCGUGUCAGCCGUGAGAAUCGUGGCAUGUAUCAGUGUGUGGUGCGACGGCCCGAGGGCGAUACAUUUCAGGCCACCGCCGAGCUGCAACUGGGCGAUGCACCGCCUGUGCUGCUCUAUAGCUUCAUUGAGCAAACGCUGCAGCCGGGACCAGCUGUGAGCCUCAAAUGCUCUGCAGCCGGCAAUCCAACGCCGCAAAUUUCAUGGACAUUGGACGGAUUUCCGCUGCCAUCAAACGGAAGAUUUAUGAUCGGACAAUACAUCACGGUGCAUGGAGAUGUAAUUAGUCAUGUUAACAUAAGCCAUGUCAUGGUCGAGGAUGGCGGAGAGUAUUCCUGCAUAGCCGAGAAUCGUGCGGGUCGAGUGGAGCAUGCGGCCCGCUUGAAUAUUUAUGGUCUGCCCUACAUUCGGCUGAUACCAAAGGUGACCGCUGUCUCGGGUGAGACAUUGAAUCUGAAAUGCCCCGUGGCCGGCUAUCCCAUCGAGGAGAUACACUGGGAGCGUGGCGGACGCGAGCUGCCCGAUGAUAUACGUCAGCGUGUGCAGCCGGACGGCUCGUUGACCAUCAGUCCGGUGCAGAAGCAUACGGAUUCCGGUGUCUACACGUGCUGGGCCCGUAACAAACAGGGUCACAGUGCUCGGCGCAGUGGCGAGGUGACGGUCAUAGUACCGCCGAUCAUAGAACCGUUCGCCUUCCAGGAUGGCCUGGCCGAGGGCAUGCGAACGCGCACCGUUUGCGGUGUCUCGCGCGGUGAUGCGCCACUGAAGCUCAUCUGGCUCAAGGAUGGCGAACCUCUGCCCGAGCUGCUGGGUGCCAAUGUCACCAUGCUCGAUCAGUAUAGCUCGCUGCUGAGCAUUCCCUCGCUAUCAGCCACGCAUUCUGGCGAAUACACGUGCGUGGCCAAGAAUCCGGCAGCCGAGAUCAAGUAUACCGCUCUGUUGCAGGUCAAAGUGCCACCACGUUGGAUUGUGGAGCCCGUCGAUGCGAAUGUGGAGCGCAAUCGUCACAUAAUGCUGCACUGCCAGGCUCAGGGCGUGCCCACGCCCAGUAUAGUGUGGAAGAAGGCAACGGGCAGCAAAUCUGGCGAAUACGAGGAGGUGCGAGAGCGUCCUUUCACCAAGCUGCUGGGCAAUGGCUCGAUGCUGCUGCAGCACGUGAAGGAGGAUCGCGAGGGCUUCUAUCUGUGUCAGGCCAACAAUGGCAUUGGCACGGGCAUCGGAAAGGUCAUACAGCUGAAAGUGAACUCCUCGCCAUACUUCUCAUCCACUUCACGCUCGGUUACAGUCAAGAAGGGCGACACAGCGCUGCUGCAGUGCGCCGUCAGCGGCGACAAGCCGAUUAACAUUGUGUGGAUGCGUUCGGGCAAAAACACAUUGAAUCCAUCAACCAAUUACAAAAUAUCUGUGAAGCAAGACGCAACUCCCGACGGCGUUUCAGCUGAGCUGCAAAUACGCACCGUGGAUGCCACCGACAGUGGACCGUAUUUCUGUCGUGCCACCAAUCUCUAUGGCAACGAUCAGCAGCUGGUGCAGUUGCAAGUGCAGGAGCCGCCACAACCUCCAAGUGUGCUCGAGGCAGCCAUGAUCAGCAGUCGCUCUGUAAAUCUCAAGUGGCAACCCAAAGCGCUGAGCUCAGGUGAUGUCUCCAAAUACAUUGUGGAGUAUCGCGAGGCAGAAGCCACGCUCUUCAUCGAUCAGUGGCAGCACAUUGAAGUCAAGGAUCCGCCUAGUUAUAAUGCGCUCAUUGAGAAUCUCAAGCCUGCUACUCGCUAUGCCUUCCGAGUGAUUGCUGAGGGUAAUGCUGGACGCAGUGCGCCCAGCCAGGAGCUGAUAGUUCGCACAGAGCCACAGCGUCCAGCUGGUCCACCGCUGAGUCUCUCAGCACGUCCGCUUUCCUCGACUGAGCUGCUCAUCAGUUGGGUGGCGCCUUUACCCGAGUUGCGCCACGGCGACAUCCAAGGCUACAAUGUAGGCUACAGACUGGCAAGUUCUGGUAAUACGGCGUACAACUACACCUCCGUUUCGGGUGAUGGAGAAGGCGGCAAUGGCGAGUUGCUCCUGAGCGGUCUCUCGAAAUUCGCACGCUACAGCAUCGUGGUGCAGGCCUUCAACCAAGUGGGUCCCGGACCGCUGUCAGAGCCAACAGCAGCACAGACCAUGGAGGAUGUUCCAAGUCGCUCGCCGGAGGAUGUGCGUUGUGCUGCGUUGACUUCGCAGUCGCUGCAGGUUUCGUGGCAGCCGCCUCCAAUUUACCACACUAAUGGUUUGUUGCAGGGCUACAAGUUGAUCUUUGAGCCCAUCAUCGAUGAUAUUGUGCCCAACAAGGACGAGGUGGAGUCCCGCAAGACCACAGCUUUGACCACAGUGCUGACUGGACUGCGAAAGUACACCAACUACAGCAUCCAAGUACUCGCUCACACUCGCAUGGGAGAUGGCGUGCUGUCCAAGCCUCUUUACUGCCACACCGAGGAGGAUGUGCCCGAGGCACCGUCGGACAUCAAAGUAGUGGUUAGUUCUCCCCAAUCGCUCUAUGUCUCCUGGCUGCCACCCACAGAGCCGAAUGGCGUCAUCACAAAGUACAGUCUGUACACGAGGGUUGUGAAUGGCCGCGAGGAGCUGAACAAUGAGAAACGCAGUCUGCCCUCGCAGCAGGCGUAUUACGAGGCCAAGAAUCUGCAUCCCCACAUGGAGUAUCAGUUCUGGGUGACGGCCUCGACCCGUGUGGGCGAGGGCAAGAGUUCGCGCGUUGCUUCGCAGAUAACCACGAAUCGCGUGCCUGCUAGAAUCAUUUCAUUCGGCGGUGCUGUGGUGCGUCCUUGGCGCUCAACUGUCACGCUGCCCUGCACAGCGGUGGGCAAACCCAAACGCGAGUGGUUCAAGGCGGAUGUGGCUCUGCGCCAAGGGGGAUUGCACAACUCUCAGCUGCUGGAUACGGGCGAUUUAAUCAUCUCCAGCUUGCAACUAGCAGACAGUGGGAAUUACAGUUGUCAGGUGGACAACGGCAUUGGCACCGAUCGCCUCACUCACAUGCUGCUCGUCCAGGUGCCGCCCUCGGCUCCCGUUUUGUAUGUGACCAGCGCCACCUCGAGCAGCAUUCUGAUGCACUGGAAGUGCGGCUUCACUGGCAACGCACCCAUCACGGGUUACACGCUCUUCUAUCGCCGUGCCACUGGCAACACGGAUGAGAUGCAGUUGUCCCGACAUGCUUCUAGUCACGAACUGAAAGGUUUGGUCUGUGGCAGCACUUAUCAGAUCCAUUUGAAUGCCCACAACAAGGUGGGCAGCUCACCUGCCAGCAUAAUGCUGCAUGUACGUACUCAGGGACAGGCUCCAGGAUUGCCUGCAACGAGUAGCUUGCUGGCACCUAACUCCACUUCGGUGCUGAUUCGACUUCACACCUGGCCGGACAAUGGCUGUCCACUCAUGUACUUUGUGCUGCAGUAUCGCGCAGUGACCGACGAUCCCGACAAGGAGUGGAUACUGGUUUCCAAUGCCUUGAAACCUCAAAGACGUGUUGUCAUUUCGAAUCUGCAAUCAUCGACGCUUUAUCAGCUGCGAAUGGAGGCACAUAAUGUGGCGGGAGUGUCGCCGGCAGAGUUUAGCUUUGUGACGCUGACCAAGGAUGGCGAUCCGCCACCGCCGGAGAUUGUGCAGCGUGGUCAGCGCGGUCCAAGCGUGUUCUAUGGCAACAUCAAUUUGCUGAUACCGACUAUAGCAGCUGUCUCUGGGAUGAUAUGCACCAUAGCCUUGGUCAUAAUUUGCUAUCGUCAUAAACAAAGCAAUCACAUACAAAAGGAAUCACUUGAGAAUCGCGCCAACUCAGAGGCAGCGCAGCGUGAACGCUACUAUGCCACCAUCCACAAGGUUUCCAUGCAGAACAAUGACAAAAUUCCGGAAACCUCUGAGGACAUUUCGCCAUAUGCCACCUUCCAAUUGUCGGAGGCGGGCAACUUGUCGCAACCGCAUCACGGCGGUCCGGCCAACACGCUGCUGCACUCGUUCAUGUACCAUGAGAGGGCUCUGGCCGAGGGCUGCUCGUCGCCACCACCAGCUGCGGUAUUAAAACAACCAACAACAACAACAACAACCACCACCACCACCCAUCAUUACCACCACCAUAACCAACGUCCACAAAAGACAAUUCAUAAUUAUUAUCAGACCUCACCGUUUCAUAAUAUCUCCAAGAAUCGACGACGCCACUCACGCAAAACCGAACCGGAGAGCGAGGAGUCCGAGUCGGAUCAGGAUCAACUGACUUCCAGCCGGACCGAGUCUUCCAAUCAGCACGAGGGCAAAAUCAAGCACAGCAUCAUCUACCAUGGAGCACAAUCAAGCACAUCCUCCGAUCUGUCACCAAUGUCCGAACAAAAAUCAUUGCCACGACGCGGUCGCUCCAGGUAUCAUCAUCAGCAAUAUCAGUUUUCCACCAAUACAACACCGCGUCAUCACAAUAGCAACAAAAGCAACAACAACAUUACAACAAACACAAAUACAAAUACCACAUCGAGUACAGCUAACUCGAGCAAAAUUCUAUCGCCACGCAACGGCAACGGCGCUGGCGUUGGCGCUGGCAAUCUGAAAUCGAUCUCGAGCACAUUCAAAUCACAAGACUCCAUACAAUGCCACAUACCCACAUUGGUUAAAUCGCCAUCGAUCAGCACACAACAACAGAAACAGUUUCACAAACAACAGCAACAACAGUUGAACAGUAGUAAUAAAUCUGGCCAGAGCCAGAACCCCAACCAGAACCCCAACCAGACCCAUAGCAACAGCAGUAGUUUGAAGCAACAGCAGCCACUGUUGAUCCAGCCAAAGCUGCAUCAGCUCGAGCCGAUGGCGAUGGCGACCAAUGGCCAGGAGCUGAUGGGCUUGGAUGGAGGCGUUAGUACCCUAGCAUCUGUUGUGCCCGUCACUUGCAUGCCACCCUCAUCACAGUUUCGACCCAUUCCACACAAGCAUGACACCACAGCCAAUCUUCACAAUCACAAUCAUAACCAUCAGCAUUCAGGUGUCGGUGUCUCUGGCACCGCUCUCUUGAACCCCCUCGACGGCUCUGCUCUCCUCCAAGUUCUUUACGGCACCAACGUUGCCGCUGCCCAAAUAGGAUACGGCCAAUGGGGGGGGGGGGAAGUGAAUACGGUAUUGAGGGCGGCGGCGGCGGCGGCAUCGGGGCAGUUGCUGCUGACAUCAGCUUUGGCUAUAAUAGCGGCGAGAUAUCGUGCACCUAUAUGGAUCCCAUAGAUCAGACAUGAGACUUGGCCUACGGUGAGGUGUGUGGUCCAGAGGGUGCCCAUUGAACCACCCCGCCACUCCACCACCUCAUCACCACAACAACAACAACAACUACAACUACAACAACAAUAUUAAACAAGAACACAACAAACACCACUAAGUCUCUGUUACUCUCAAAUGCUUGAGUGUGGUUGCUAGCUAGACAAACCAAAGUAAAUCAAAAACAACUCCAACUCUGGAUACUCUUCCUCUCCCAAAACAAAAAAACAAAACGCAUGCAGAGCUGGCAUCCUGCGCACGCUGCAUCCGCUGCAGCUGCAGGCCGAGUGCACCGCUGGUGCCGCCUUCCACCACGGCGAACGCGAUGCCGAGCACAUAGAGCUGGCCGAGGUUGAGUGCGAUGUGGACACAAUCAAAAAGCUGAA